GCCAAUUCACAGAACUCGAGUCGAGGGGAUCGGACGGUCCACUUGCUAAAAAAUUCAUGCGAGCACAUCGGCAUCACAGUCAUAAUUCAAAUGAAAUUCUUAAAUUUUAAAAAGAGAGAAAAAUACUUUUGAAGUCAUAACAUAAAUUAGUAUCAGGAAAAACAUGACCAUGGCCGCUAAUGAAAAUGGAAAUAAAGUGGCUCUGAUCACCGGAAUUACCGGACAAGAUGGUUCUUAUCUUGCGGAUUUGCUGCUAAAAAAAGGAUACAUUGUGAGUCAGCGUUAAAUCCAACGCCUGUUGUCGAUUUUGCUGACAAGUACUCGGGGCUUUUCGGUAGCCCGAUUCGAUUGUAGUUGCGGAAUAGCAAAGUCUAUAAAACCACACCCUGGUCUAUCUGGAAGAGAUAUUCACACUCGUGGCAUUUCUUUGAUGGAUUGUCCUAUCCGCUGGGAAUGAUGAUCAUCGAACCCAAUGGGGCGGGGCAACCUAUAAGGUACCCGCUACGUCACAUCGCCUGCCGUGGCGUAUACCAAGCGCCUCAAUUGUGGCAACUUUCUCACCAGUAUUAUUUGUUUGUCACGCUGUCUCUAGGUUCACGGUAUCGUCCGUCGUUCUUCGAGUUUCAACACGGGAAGGAUUGAUCACAUUUAUAGGGAUCGUCACGAUUCUGAUGUCAAGUUGUUUCUUCACUACGGUGAUCUUUGCGACGGAACCAAUCUCAUCACCCUGCUUUUGAAAAUCAAACCAACCGAGAUUUACAAUCUUGGAGCUAUGAGUCAUGUGAAGGUUUCCUUCGAUAUGCCCGAGUACACAGCUGAUGUCGACGGGAUUGGUGUCCUUCGAAUGUUGGAUGCAAUCCGAGCAGCGGGCAUGGAGAAUGACGUGCGAUUUUACCAAGCAUCUACCAGUGAGCUUUAUGGAAAAGUUGUCGAGACCCCCCAAUCCGAAACCACUCCCUUUUAUCCCCGUUCGCCAUACGCUGGUAAGAAAAUUACAGUCGAUCUUAAAUUUCACGUAUUGGGUAUCUCCUUUUAAAUUUGCUUGGAACGGCGUUUUUCUCACCCGCGCUUUGUAUCUGCAGUGGCGAAGCAAUAUGCCUUUUGGAUUUUGGUCAACUACCGCGAGGCGUAUGGGAUGCAUUUGACAAAUGGUAUUCUCUUCAACCACGAAUCGCCUCGUCGUGGACGAACAUUUGUGACCCGUAAGAUUACUGCCGGUAUCGCAAGAAUUGUUUGCGGUCUCGACAAUUGCAUCUACCUUGGUAACAUCGAUUCGAAGCGCGAUUGGGGACAUGCGCGUGAUUACGUGGAAGGAAUGUGGAGAAUGUUGCAGCAAGACGAACCCGAUGACUACGUUUUGGCUACGGGUGAAACACAUUCUGUCCGAGAGUUUCUCGAGAAGGCCUUUGGACACGCAGGCAUCACUUUGAAAUGGAAGGGGCCAACCGGUACAGUUGACGAAGUUGGCGUGGAAGAAGGCAACGAGGACCGCGUUCUCGUCAAGAUCGAUCCUGCAUAUUUCCGUCCAACAGAAGUUGAUCUUCUCCUUGGCGAUCCAACGAAGGCGAAAGCGAAAAUUGGCUGGGAGGCUACGACCACCUUCGAGGAAUUAGUGAAGGAAAUGGUGGAACACGACAUUGCUAUGAUGAAAGGAGAAGUUGAAGAUACAGACAACGUCAAGGCUGCCAAUUAGUUGUCAUGCGCAUUGGUAGAAUGCCAAGUACACAUGUUGGAUUUUGACGAAAAAAAGGAAGGUAGAAGAAAAUCCUAAGAUAUACAUUGCGUUCAUUGGAUCUAGCGAAACAGCGACAGUAAAAGUUUGUUGAUAAGAUGUCUUCUUUACUCUGAAAUCAGGGUUUCACUGGCUUUGCCAUGUUUACGAUUCUGCGUUGCAUUUUUAGGGCUUGCGCAGAGCCUGUCUUUGAAUUGAUCGGUUGUCGAUCGAUUUUCUGAUUUAGCCCACGUGACAAGAUAAUUUUGGAAGACUUCAAUUCAUCUGAGCAUGGGUCCUAUCAGUUUCUUCUUAGUUUAUUCUUCAUAUGCGUCCUUCCGAUGUUAACCUUUUGAGAGAAAAUAAUGAUGCUUUUCACCA